AUGGAUGACGAUGGCGGGAGGCGGGGAUCGCUGUCGCAGAUGCGGCCGUCGCUCAGCCCCUCUGUUCUAGGCCUCGCGCUCGAGAAAUUCAAGCGAGGAGGUGGCGAUGGAACCGCGUCGGUCGCUGGAUCGGUCUCGUCGAUGCGAUCCAGGCGGCUCUCGGCUAGCUCUCAGGUUUCGUUCACGUCCAAAAAGAGCACCAAGAGCAUUCGUUCUACUGCUCGAGCCGGGCGAGGGACGCGCAGGAAUAUCAAAGGAGGCGAGAAUGAGCCAGAGGUGAUCCAGGUCUUUGAUGAGAAUGGCAAAGAAGUCACACCGAAACCAUUAGUAUCUCUAAGGCCGACUGUACUGCACGAGAGACUGUUGCAAGCUCCACCUGAGCGGUUUUCUCCUGAUUCCGAAAGAGUAUCUACCUUCAGCCGCACUGGAUACUCAAUCAGCAGUAGCUUGGGAACUCUCACUCCGGAUCUUGAAGCCGAGGAUGGCCUUGAGAAAGAACCUUCUGCAGAGGGUGGUGGCCGACGAUCGAGUGUUCCUCAAGUUCCACAAGAGGCUUUGCCGGUCAGGACACAGCGUAUCGAAAUUGUCACGACUAGCAUUGCGCCACCUCCAACGGAACAGGAACUUGCAAGAAAUAUAACCGUGAAUCUGGUGGAGAGUGAAACACUUGUUCUAAUCAAUUUAAGAGGCGAGAGUGUGUCAAACACUUACGAUACAAUCAAACAAGUUUUGGAGCGAAAUGCUCGAUACAAAAAUCUUUUGGAAGCUAAAAUAGGUAGCGAUAACUACUCGGACUCCAGCGCUCAAACGGCUUUGAGCUUGCAAAAAUGCAAGGAGGCGCAGUUUUUUGCACUGCCAAAACAAUCUGAAGAGUGUCAGGUGCCAAGUUGUUCCUUCGGCAUGUUACUUUUUGAUGUACAACUCAUUCACAUUUCUGCCAAUUCUUACUCCGGCAAUGUAAAAGAAGAAAAAGUUGAUCCUUUGAAAACUGAGGACGACGACGAAUCCGAACAAACCGCUGACCACAGAAAGAGUGUUGCUGAUCUUGUAUCUGCGGGAUACUUGGAAGAAGCUAGUGAGCCUCCUCCCUUAUUACAGGGUCGAAGAAUGUCUGGAAAUUUGAAUCUACCCGGUUCAAGAAGAGGGUCUGGAAUUGGUGGAUUUCCAUCCCGAAGGGAGUCUGGACUGUUAAGUAUAGAUCCUUCAACUAGAAGAGGAUCGGGACUAGGCAGCAUUGCACCGUCGAGAAGAGGCUCUACUACUGCGAGCAUAUCACCCUCACGGCGAGGAAGCUUUUCAACCUCGCGAAGGGGAAGUAUUGAGAAAUCGAUAAGCGGCAGCAUUAUGUUCAAUCGUAGGCUAUCCGGCCGUGGAAGCUUGAUGGGAACACAGAGAAGAAGCUCCAUAAUCUCAAACACUAUGCAGAGAGCUGGUGGCGAAGGCAUGCUUGGGGCGGAAGAGCUUAUGACUCUCACCAUGUUUGCUAGCCGAAAGGUGGAUAUCAAUCGCUUGGCCGGACUUGUCAAAGCCUUGGAAAUCGCCGAGAGAGCAGUCGUUUUGAACACUUUUCAUGACAAGCUUUUGUUCUACCGAGAUUUUAAACCAAGAGAACAGAAGCGGAUUAUGCCACGGAAAUAUAGCAGCUCUAGUUCGCCGGUAUCUCAGACAAAAAGUGCGUCCUCGUCUCCCAGCAGUAAUGGUACCAGCGGCGAUGUUCUCUCAGCAGAACAAGUCCACAAACUUUGGGAUUUCCAGUGCGACCUUACGGAAGGGAGGAAUGUCAGCUGUAUGGUGUGGAACAAGACCAGUAGGGAUCUCCUUACUGUCGGAUACGGAGAGUUUGAGUUCGGGACGCAAAAGGGCGGUCUUAUAGCCUUUUGGUCUUUAAAAAAUCCGAGAUACCCUCACGCAACCAUACCAACACAUUCUGAUGUCACAGCCUUGGAUUUCUCUACAAAUAGUCCCAACCUUCUUGCAGUUGGCUUUUACGAUGGGAAUGUGGCUGUAUAUGAUGCAAAGAAUUACAAGGAACGGGAACCGUUGAUGCAAACAGGAGCUUCCACGGGGAAGCAUAACGAUCCUGUUUGGAAGCUACAAUGGAUUGAUGCUACUUCUGAUCAUGGAGAGACGCUUAUAUCUAUUUCAACCGACGGUAGAGUUUCUCAGUGGUCUUUGAAAAAGGAUCUGGAGUUCGUCAAUUUGAUGAGACUCAAAAAGAUUAUGGCUCAUAGCAAAGGAGCACAACCACAACCAUUCAUAUCCCGUCAUGCAGCAGGGUUAUGCUUUGAUUUCUCUCCUCGGGACCCAAGCUUGUAUCUGGUAGGGACCGAGGAGGGACUGAUUCACAAAUGUAGUCGUUCUUAUAACGAACAAUACUUGCAAAGCUACGUAGGACACACCGGACCCGUUUUUCAGGUUAGAUGGUCCACCGUUUUGCCAUAUAUUUUCUUGAGCUGUAGCAGCGACUGGAGCGUUCGGCUCUGGCGCGAAGAACAAGAAAGCGCAUUGCUGGUUUUCCAGACUGCAAAUGAAAGCGUCGGCGACAUUCGCUGGUCUUGCAAGCAUUCGUGCGUUUUUGGGACUGUAUCGGACGACGGUCGUUUAGAGAUAUGGGAUAUGGCUGUCACGGCGAUGAAACCCGUCAUUGUAUAUCCUUUCGCGAAUACCAAGCUUUCGUGCUUGCUCUUCUCGGAGGACGCUCCAGUCGUCUUGGCCGGGGGCAGCACUGGCGCCAUCAGCGUUUUUAGACUGGUUGGCUUCGAUGUUGUCCAGAGCGAUAUCGAUGAGCUUCUCAAGCUAAAGAGAGCCAUCACUUCAAACGUUAACACUAUUCUCGACUAGGAUGACAACAAAGAUGCUCAUCGUGUUACCAAAGUGGACGUGAUCGUCUAUCACAGACACAAAACGCCAGCGUCAAUGGUUUGAUCGACUUAGCAGCUUGAGAGCGAGGGCCUCUUGAUCGGCUAGAGACAAGGAGUCGAGGAGUUCCGGUUUGUCAUCUCCUUGCUCCGACAUAUCCUCGUCAAUAAGAUCAAGCUUCCGCUCCCUCGCC